AUGUCGUGCUUAAAAGAAAAACGUAAGCCAAUGGUUCCACUUAAAACUUUGGAUAUCAUAUUUCGACGUCGCUAUGUACCAAAUACUCAGCACUAUUUUGCUAAUAGAAAACAUGCUGUAAAAGAAGAUAAAGGAAUAAUGAAAUCUAGGCCAUUUCGAAUACCAAGGUCUGAGAAAUUACUAUCAUAUAUUAAAUACAGCGAUCGUAAAGAAAAAUUAAUUAGCAAGAAUAGAUUGUACCAACCCUUACAUUUAAAAGAUAACCUUAGGAUAGCCGCUACAAGAGAUAUUUCAGAAAGACUUUUCGUAGGAGAGCCUAUUGAUGAUGUAAGAGCAGUUGUAGAAAUUCACCCGGAGUUUUACACAGUUAUUGAAGGACGCCCAUUACGAAGCUUUGACGAUAUAAAGGUUUAUGUUAAUAAUAUAAGAAAUUAUGCCAUGAAUCGUCAGCAAAUCGGGUACAGGCGUGAUCUUAUUAUGAAAAUAGAACAAAAUAUAGUCGAUGAAUCGAAAGAAUAUGAUGACAUAGUCAUUAAAUUAAAACAACAUAUUAAAGAUUUUCAAAGAUUUCUAACAGAAGAUUAUAAAAUAUCCUGUGCGAAAGUUUCAAGGACAGAGAAAGUCUAUGCUGAAUUGCUGGCUAAAAAUUCUGAAUUUUUAGGCUAUGUAUCAAAAUUAACAAUUUUGAAUAACAUUUUAUUCAAACUUGACGCUAUACGCAGUAUUUUAAAAAUUUAUAGGAGCUAUUUAAUAUUUGUAGCACCGUUAUCAUGGCGACAAAUGUAUGAUGAGAAUUUAAAACAUAAAUUACAAUCAAUACAAUUUGAAACUGAAGAGUUUGUUACUGACAACGAUUUAGUUGAAACCAUGGAUAUAGACAGAAUGAUUGAAUUAGCAAAACAAGAAUUAAGAGAUCCACAUCCACCCCACAUAUAUUUUACGCGUCCUCAACAAAUGAUUUAUUUAUUUCGGACGAUGGAGUUGCAGAGUAGAGAGUAUUUAAUACAUCUUUCAAAAACAGACGUACCUCAUAGGCAGUUAAAGGAUCGGAUACGGCAAUUGAAAAAAACAACUAAACAAGAGCUUGAUUAUUUUCAAUAUUACAUUGAUAGUAUUAAGAAUGAAAUAGCUAGAGAAACUUACAAUGAAAGUCAUUUACAAAAAAAGUUUUUUAGAAUUUUAAACACAAACUUUUAUGAUAGCAUAGCCAGUCCUAGCACGCUAAAAUUAAAAAUAUGUAUUGAGUAUGUAUACGAACAAAUUUUCGGCAAGUGUGAGGAAGGUCAUCAGAAUUUGCAAGAUCCUAUGAAAAUUCUAGAAGUCAUGUACGAAGAUUACAAUUUGCGUCUGGAUUCUUUAGACUUUAAAAUAGUUAAUCAAGCUCAACAGGAUUUCUUUACGCAGGAUCUGAAAACAAUGAAAAAUGCAUAUGCAGCUCAACGUGAACUCCGAGCAUUUCGUGAAAUGACAACUGCAAUGAAUAAAGCGUUUUUGCCUCCUGCAAAAUAUAAACGACCGACUUUGUCUAAGUUUUUAGAUAAAAAAAGUCGAAUGGCUUUGGUAGUUGCUGAAAAGCGAAAGUCACAGCUCAGGAGUGGUGAACGUAUAAAGCCCAAACAAAUUAAAAUUACUCAGGAAGAGCAAGAUGGGUUGAUAAUGUUCACAGAAUGGUGCGAAGGUAUGAAUCCGUUACCAUAUUUAGCAGAAUAUUAUAAAUUUGUUAAGCCUGCUUUCGAGUGGGUACCACGAAAAUCCGUCCUGCCUUGA